AUGGUUGAUGAAAAUAUUCCGCAUUUACUUCAUAUUGCUCAACGUUCACUACAUUUUCAUGAACUUCAUAUGAAUGCACAUCUUGAUUUUGCUUGUGUUCUUUCAUCAAAUGUCCAACUUGACAUUUUAUUCUCGUCUCAACUUCAAAUACUUUAUUUUACUUCAAAAGAAGUUAAUUGUUCUCGAACUAAUGCACAAAAUUAUAUUAAACCACCAUUAUUUAAUACUGUCUUUACUCCAAUUAUUGGUCAUCAGAGUUUAUUAGUUGCUGAAGGUAGUGAACAUGAACGAGCUCGUCGAAUGAUUAAUCCUGCUUUUCAUCAUGUUAAUCUUAAAUCAAUGAUUUCAAUUAUUACUGAUCAAACUGCUAAAGCUAUUCAAGCAUUAUUCAAUGCAUCCAACUUAGAUCAAUCAAAACAAAAAUUAGUUGAUUUACAAAUUGAAUUUAAUGCAUUGACAUUAUCUAUUAUUAUAUCAAGUGCAUUUGGAUCAGGCUGUGAAACCAUUAACAAUAGUAAAGAAGUCAUUUGUCAAAAUUUUGGUAAAGUACUUGAUGCUAUUGUUUAUCGUUCGUUAAUAAUGGUUAAUCAAAUACCUCUUAUAUCAAAGUUACCUUUUUGGAAGAAAGAUGUUGUUGAUAUAGGAACUCGUAUGAUAGCUGAAUUGAUUGAUAAAAUAAUUGCUGAUCGAAGAGAAGGUCGAUCCACUAGUUUAUCUAGUGGUGCUGAUCUUCUUGAUUUACUUCUCUCAGCUGUUGAUGAUGAUGGACAUCCGUUUACUGAUCAACAAAUCAAAGACCAAGCGCUCACUUUUGUACUCGCUGGUAGUGAAACUACUGGAACUCUUAUGGUAUGGAUAUUUUAUAUUUUGAUGACUCAUGAUGAUGUUUUACAAGCUUGUCGAGAAGAAGUUGAUAGAGUUCUUCCUAAUGGUAUAGAACCUACCAAUGAACAUCUAAAUGAAUUGAUUGUAUGUGAAGCAAUAAUUAAUGAAACACUUCGUCUUUAUCCACCUGCACCACACUUUACACGUUAUUGUAUACGUGAACAUACUAUAGGUACUGAACGUCAAUUACGAAUACCAGUAGGAACUACUGUUAUGAUUAACAGUUAUAUUGUUCAUCGUCGAAGUGAUUUAUGGUCUCGAUCACUUGAGUUUGAUUACACUCGCUGGAUGCGUGAUCCAAAAACAGGUCUCAAGCCAAAGUUACCUCAUCCGUUUGCUUAUCUUCCAUUUGCUUCUGGUUCUCGUAAUUGUAUUGGACAAAAUUUUGCGUUAUUGGAAGCAAAAAUGAUGUUAGCUAUGUUUGUUCAACGAUGUAAUUUUGAGUUAGUACCUGGACAAAAAAUAGUGCCCGAUUUUAAAUUAGCAAUGUAUCCGAAAUAUGGGAUUUUGGUUAAAUUUAGUAGCCGACAAAUAUAA